ACGUACGCGUCGUUGUCGGCGGCGACGACCGCAGCAUGGCGCCGCCCCUGGAAGACGACGAUUUUCUCCCGGAGAUCCUCCUCCGCCUCUCCCCCCGGACGUACGACCCCGCGCGCCUCGUCCGGGUCUCCGCCGUCUGCAAGGCCUGGCGCCGCGUCCUCGCCGACCCGAGCUUCUCCGGCCGCUACCGCGGGCUCCACGGCCCAAGGGCCCCCGUGCUCGGCGUCCUCCACAACCCGACCGACUGCGAGCUGGACCGCUUCGUCCCGACGGCCACGUCCUCCUCCUUCCGCCCGUACGCGCACGCCUCCUUCUACUCGUUGGACACCGGCGAGGCGGCGAGUGGAGGUUGGACCACGUCUGCAUCCACCUCGGCUCCGAGCUGGAGCCUGGAGGGGUACUACCUCGAGGACGACCGGCCCGCCGCCCACGUCGUCGGCGACUCGCUCUACUUCGUCGGCAAGUCCGGCGUCCUCCUGCGGUACCGGUACGGCCGUCUCCUAGUUAUAGACAGCGACGUCCUGUCGGUGAUCCAGCCGCCGCCGGACGCCAAGCGACGCCUCCGUCUCGGCUACACCGUCGUCAUGGCGUCCCCGGAGAACGAGCUGUGGAUGGGGAUUCUGCACCGUCACAUGCUCUCCCUGUGGGCGAGGGAGGAGGAGGACGACGCCGCCGCCGCCGCCAACGCCGGGUGGGUGCGGCGCAGCGUGAUCGAUCUCAAACCGGUGCUCCCGUGGCCGAUCGGGAAGCCCAAGGGCAAGGAGCGAGCGUGUUUGGCUGUAGUUGACGAAGACCCCGAUGUCAUCUUCGUGGGCACGGAGGAAGACGACGGUGUCUUCGCCGUGGAGCUCGAGUCGCUGGCUCGCUGCGCAUCAGGAAAGUAUGCGAGGUUGGCAAAUCAGGAGGCUGUUUGUUUCCCUUCGUGAGCUACUGCGCCGAGUCAUUUCUGGUUUCCUUUAGGUUGGUGAUGUUCAGGCCCUUCGUUGGGGAGGUUCUCGUCGGGAAGAUAAGUGGAUAUGAUGAAAAGGGUCUGCAUGGUGAGUUGUUUAUUUUCUUAUUGACAUUUAAAG